AUGACCAGCACUGACGCUGCAAGGAACAAAUUCUACGAGGACCAGUAUGCUCUCCUGGCGUCUGCGUCGAAGACGGAUCAGUUGAUUGUCCUUGGUGACUUCAACGCCUGCGUCGGCACAGACCAUGCUACCUGGAGAGGAGCGUUGGGCCCCCAUGAUCUCAACGGUUUCAAUCACAAUGACCUGCUCCUCCUACGAAUCUGCGCAGAACACCGACUCAUCCUAAUGAACACCUUUUGCCCGCCGGGGCGAGAGGAGGUCACCUGA